ACCAGAUAAAUAAAUAUUGAAAUAACAAAAUAAAUUUUGUACUUUUAUAAUUAAAAACAAAAUAAACUAACAGCUGCAAACAAAAUGACUGACAUGAAAAAUGAGAUGGACAGCGAUUUGGAUCAAAACUAUUCGCUGAACAGCAAUGCAGACCCCAAGAAUAUGCAGGAAUUGACAAUUUAUGUACAAAGUCUGCUGCAAAAUGUCCAAGAUAAAUUUCAAACAAUGUCUGAUCAAAUUAUAACACGCAUCGAUGAUAUGGGCAAUCGAAUAGAUGAUUUGGAGAAAAGUAUUGCCGAUCUAAUGAAUCAAGCUGGCGUUGAAGGUCCCGAAAAGUAAUUGAAUUUUGCAAUUCCCCUACGUUGACAGUUAGAGAGGAUGCUCAAUUUAAAUUUUAAGCUAAACAUCAAAAUAAUAUCAAAACUCUUUCUCAACACACGAAUAGACAGAUCUAACUAACACAGACACUACAUUUUUACAUUAAAUACAAAACAGUCAUAAAUCUAUCUAUCCAAUUCUUCCCACAUUGAUUGUCAUUCUUUAGUUCUUUGGUCAUUAUUAAAGCCUUAAUAUUUCCUUUUUACCCUUUCUGAUCUAUUUCGUAUUAAAGGUAUUUUAAUUAUUAAGUAAAAACAACCCUAAGAUCUUUUUUAAAAUAAUAAAAAAACAAAACAAAUAUGUAA